AUGAAGGCCGCGGCGUCGCUCGGCGAGCCUGGCCUCCUCCCCGCCGCCUCUCGCCGCCGCAGCCGACGCCGCCUGGCCGCGGUGCUCGGGCCGCUGCUCCUCUUCCUGGCCGCCGAGCUCUCCUUCCCUUCCCACCAGCCCCGCGUCGCGUCCCCUAACGACGACGCCACUUCCUCUUCCUCAUCCCCUUCGCCACCGCGUCGCGACGGGCAGCCGCAGCAGCCCCGGGUGGCGGUGUGCCUGGUGGGCGGCGCGCGGCGGUUCGAGCUGACGGGCCCGUCCAUCGCGCGCCACGUCCUGGCGCCGCUCCUCGCCGCGGAUCGGUACGCCGCCGACGUGUUCCUGCACAGUCCGCUCGACGCCGACGCCUACAGGCUCUCCGUCCUGGCCCGCGCCGCGCCGCCCGGGGCCUCGCUGGCCGCCGUGCGCGUGUUCCGGCCGGAGCGCAUCGCCGUGACCCCGGCGCGGGCGCGCGCUCUCACCGCGGACCACUCGCCCAAAGGCAUCCAGGGCUUGCUGCAGUACUUCCAUCUUGUGGAGGGAUGCCUGGAGCUGAUCCGGGAGCGCGAGAUCCGGGGCAACUUCACCUACGCCUGGGUCCUCCGCACCCGCGUCGACGGCUUCUGGUCGGCGCCGCUCGAUCCCGACGGCGCCUUCCACCCGGCCGCCUACGUGGUGCCGGAGGGCUCCCGCUUCGGGGGCCUCAACGAUCGCCUGGGCGCGGGGCCCCGCGCUGCCUCGGACGCCGCGCUCGCCCGCCUCUCCGCGCUGCCGCGCCUCGCCGCCGCGGGGCACCGGGACCUCAACUCCGAGUCGGCGUUCCGCGCGCAGCUCCGCGCCGCGGGCGUGCCGGCGCGGGAGCGCCGCUUCCCGUUCUGCGUGCUCAGCGACCGGACCUACUCGUUCCCGCCGUGGGCCAGGUCCGCGGUGCCCGUGGCGUCGCUGGCGUCGCCUGGCCCGCUCAGCGGGGCCAAGUGCCGGCCCUGCCGCCCGGCCUGCCGCAGCGGGUGCGUCGCGCGGCACGUCGCCAGGCUCCACAGCUGGUGGAGCUGGACCGAGUGGCGGGGCGGGGCGCUGGAGCUCUGCGACGCCAGCGGGCCGUGGGAGCGUGGGUGGGAGGCGCUGUUCGACGAGGUCGCCGGCGCCGAGGCCGCGGCGGUGCGCCGGAGCGUGGCGCGGAUGGGCGCGGAGGAGUGCGUGGCGGAGGUGGAGGCGCUCAGGGCGCGCGCGGAGCGGUGGGACGCGCCCAGCCCCGCCGAGAUAUGCCGCAUCAGGUAUGGAGUUGGGGUGGGGUCGCCGCCGGCGGGUCUCCCCGGCAAUUCUUCGGCAGACGGUGACAGUAACACUACUGUUAUCGAACAGUGA